GAUGCGCGCACCCGCGGUCUCGAUCUUGGCGCGUUUUUUUUUCUCCACUAUCACGAACGCGCAUUGUGCUCUGGAUCUCGCGAGAAAUCCAGCGGUUUCACUAUCGUGUUUACACUAAUUAAACCCAUUACCCCGAUAAUCCGAACCGAGCCGAUCCGGAUUAAGUCGGGCUGGUGGUUCCGGAGCGGAUCCGAUCCCUUUCCGCAGAAAAUCACCUUAGCCCCCCCACACCCCCACACUAGUCGCCCUAUUUGACGUAAAAUAUAUUUUUUUCGUUAUUUUGUGACGUAAAAAAUCGCUGUUUCCAGUUGGACAGAUUUAAUCCCCUGGGGUGGGGGGGCCACCCGGUGUCCUCCUCCCCACCCCCCCAUGACCGGGGACCCCGCGCUAGUCAGGUGUGGCGCGGGGCUCCGCGCGUAGGAAAGGUCGGGGAUUUACGGCCUAGUGACUGGUGUCUGGGUAAAACACGACGGCGGACAGGAGGGAGGUGAGACGGAAAGCAAGAUCCCCAUCCCCCGCAGGGGGCAAGGAGGUGCCGGAGACCCCGACAUCUGGGGGCAGAGACAUCUCGGGCUGUAGUAGUAUUCUCUGAGAUAUGAUUCUAUUGCAAGGACUCCUUUUGCAUGGGAAAUGGAGCUUUUCAAAGUCUUGAUUGUCACCCAAAACCAGGAUGUGUCCCAACUGGAAAUGAUGGAAGAGUUGCACAGCCUGGACCCUCGGCGCCAGGAAUUGUUGGAAGCAAGAUUUACAGGAGCCGGGGUUGCAAAGGGACAACUGAACAGUGAGUCUUCUAACCAAAGCCUAUGUAGCCUGGGUUCUCUCAGUGACAAAGAACUUGAGCAGACUCCAGAAAAAAAACAGAAUGAUCAGAGGAACCGCAAGAGGAAAGCAGAACCAUACGAAACAAGUCAAGGGAAGAACACUCCUAGAGGACAUAAAAUUAGUGAUUAUUUUGAGUUUGCUGGGGGAAGUGGCCCGGGGACAAGUCCUGGUAGAAGCGUUCCACCAGUUGCCAGAUCCUCACCGCAACAUUCCUUAUCAAACCCAUUACCUUUACCGAGUCAACAAAAUAGCCCUCCUUCCUCCACACCAGUGAGCCUAGAGCAUUCCUGCAUCCCUAUCAAACAGAUUCCCGUCCAGCACAGACAAACGCAGUCAGACCUCACAAUGGAUAAAAUAUCUGCGCUAGAAAACAGCAAAAACUCUGACUUAGAAAAAAAGGAGGGAAGGAUAGAUGAUUUAUUAAGGGUAAAUUGCGACCUCCGGCGGCAAAUGGACGAGCAAAAGAAAAUGCUGGAAAAGUACAAGGAACGGUUAAAUCGAUGUGUAACGAUGAGCAAGAAGCUACUUAUAGAGAAGUCCAAACAGGAGAAGAUGGCUUGUAGAGAUAAAAGUAUGCAGGAUCGUCUACGGCUCGGCCACUUCACUACUGUUCGUCAUGGAGCCUCUUUCACUGAGCAGUGGACUGAUGGAUAUGCAUUUCAGAACCUCAUCAAGCAACAGGAACGAAUAAAUUCCCAAAGGGAAGAGAUUGAACGACAACGAAAGUUACUGGCCAAACGGAAGCCUCCAGCUAUGGGGCAGGCUCCACCAGCUAACAAUGAGCAAAAACAGCGUAAAAACAAGACCAAUGGUGCAGAGAAUGAAACGCUGACCCUAGCAGAGUAUCAUGAACAGGAGGAGAUAUUCAAACUUCGAUUAGGUCACCUUAAAAAAGAAGAGGCAGAGAUACAGGCAGAAUUGGAAAGACUCGAAAGAGUAAGGAAUUUGCACAUUAGGGAAUUAAAAAGAAUACAUAAUGAAGAUAACUCACAAUUUAAAGACCAUCCAACGCUAAAUGACCGAUAUCUAUUGCUUCACCUGUUGGGUAGAGGUGGCUUCAGUGAAGUGUAUAAGGCAUUUGAUUUAACAGAGCAAAGAUAUGUAGCUGUGAAAAUCCAUCAGUUAAAUAAAAACUGGAGGGAUGAAAAGAAAGAAAACUACCAUAAACAUGCCUGCAGGGAGUAUCGUAUACACAAGGAGCUGGAUCACCCUAGAAUAGUCAAACUGUAUGACUAUUUCUCUCUUGACACAGACUCGUUUUGCACAGUGCUAGAGUAUUGUGAGGGCAACGAUCUUGACUUCUACUUGAAGCAACACAAGCUUAUGUCAGAGAAGGAAGCUCGCUCCAUCAUCAUGCAGAUUGUAAAUGCCCUUAAGUACUUGAAUGAGAUCAAGCCACCAAUCAUUCACUAUGACCUGAAGCCAGGUAAUAUACUUUUGGUUAACGGUACAGCCUGUGGAGAGAUAAAAAUCACAGAUUUUGGACUCUCUAAGAUAAUGGAUGAUGACAGCUAUAAUUCUGUGGAUGGUAUGGAGCUCACAUCACAAGGAGCCGGAACCUACUGGUAUCUGCCUCCUGAGUGUUUCGUUGUUGGCAAAGAACCUCCAAAAAUCUCCAACAAAGUGGAUGUGUGGUCUGUGGGAGUAAUAUUUUAUCAGUGUCUCUACGGGCGAAAGCCAUUUGGUCACAACCAGUCCCAGCAAGACAUAUUACAAGAGAACACCAUUUUGAAAGCUACAGAAGUACAAUUUCCACCUAAGCCAGUUGUGACUCCAGAAGCCAAGGCUUUUAUUCGCCGUUGCCUUGCUUAUAGGAAGGAAGAUCGGAUAGAUGUCCACCAGCUGGCAUCUGACCCCUAUUUACUGCCGCACAUCCGUAAAUCCGUGUCCACCAGUAGUCCAGCUACUGCUGCAAUAGCAUCAACGUCUGGUUCCUCAAACAACAGCUUGUCAAACUGAAAAUGCAAGAAUGAGACAGUAGAUACACCUCACCAUUGCACAGAGUGGUAAUGCCAGCAGAGCAGUUACAGUAUGUGGCUCCCCUGGAAUAUUUCUCUUCCAUUUGGCGGAGAGUAGCAAGAGCUCCAUGGAACAUUUCAAUUUCUGUUUUGUGUGAGUCACAAAGUGCUGAAUUGGAAAUGGAGUCUUGCAAAGGAUCUGCGCCCCUGUUGGGUGAAAGUCUAAACAUGUUUUUGGGAAGGACCUGUAAAAAUGACAAGUCAUAGACUUGGCUUUAUAACUUGAACAUGAUUUCCCCCUCCCCUCCUUCCCACACCACAGACUUCUGAGAACUGCAGAACUGACAAACUUUGCAAACAUGGAAAUUACGUUUUUUCUGAGCGUAUUUUCAGGAGUGGGAACCUAGUAGACUGGACUUGGCCCUUUGUUGAUAUUUAAACCCUUUCUGUUUUCCCUUUCAUUCAUUUUAUUAAACAGUCAAGAAAGAAUUCCAGAACAGUUAACACAAUAUACCAGGUCAUCUUUCCCUUCAUACACAAUAAAUAAGAAGCAACAAAGCUCUUCCCAGGAUUGAUAACAUUUUGUUUCCUUCACCUAAACACUGGAGACAUCCAUUUUCUGGUUCAAACAAGAAUAUUCAGCCUGUUUCUAUAUUAGGCAAUCGUGGCCUCAUUCGAUAAUUGCUUCUUAAUUAAUGGGCUGAAUAUUGGUUCAUAUGAGAGAAUAGAUUUCUCCACUGUCUGAAGGGGAAUAGACCCAUUUUAAAGGGUAAACCUGGCUGAUAAGAGCAUAGUUUUUAUUAAAGUGAAAUCCAUAUUACAUGGGAUAAUAGAAUAUCUGAUUUUUUCCUGUAAUUUACAGAUAACUACUUUUUCAGGCAGUCUUCACGUAAAUGCCUUUUGUAUCUUAAGAUUUUAUGAAGGUUGAUUGGUUCAGUGAGGUUAUUUUAAUGAUAAAAAUGGAGAUAAGGGCUAGAGAAGGGAGUAGGAAGUCACCUGUUAAACAUUCAGUCUAUUUCACAUUAGUUUAUGUAAUAUCUCCUGCUUUCAGCAGUUGAUCAGUAACUUGUUAAUCUACGUACUGCUACCUUCAGUCCUAUAUAACACUCAGCUGGCCAGUGGCUUCAGUUCAGUAGCAUCUGAAACACUGAGGGAAGCUUCUCCCUGCAUUAUACCAUACUUUACAAACAUGAACUUUACUCUUAUCAAUUUACCUAUGGUGUAAGCUGAAAACAUGUUUCAAACACGUUGCAAUUGGUGAAUCUUGUCACAUUUCUGUUUUAUGCCUCUGUAGAAGGCCUGUUUUAGCAUUAAUGCUGUUGGCAUUCACAGUGUCUCAUUUUCACUUUGAUCAUGAAUCAUAAUUUUGUCUCUCGGCAGCCAACAUAUAGAUGCCUUGGUAACAACUAAUCUAUUGGAAGUCAAUGCAAUGAUUAUUUGAUUUGCACAGUUUCCUUUCAGGCCCUGCAGACCACACAGGAGGUAGGUUGUCAUGCAUUGCAAAUUGCUUGUGAAUCACAAAAACAUUCGUUAAAUUUCCACCUAUUUUUCACAAAGAUAAUGUCCCAAUAUAAAGACUUCACACAAAUUUUGUUAAAAAAAAGUCUUCAGUUUACUUUUGUAAGCAGAAAUGGCUCACAUUUUGUGUUUUAUUUGGGUUUUUUUUUUUUUUUUUUCUUAAGAAAUAAUUCCAGUGAGAUUCUGGUUUAACAUACAACAGUCUGUUUUUCCUCUUGUUGGAGGGGCCAAUUCAAAAGGUGUGUGCACCCCCUGCUGGCCAUCUAUAGUAAUGGGUGUCUAUCGAAGUUAUUCAAUUAGUAUUUUAUGUGGCUGAUAGCUCCAGGUUUAGCAAAGCAGCUAAACUCGUCUAAAGUCCUGCUUUGGGCGUACAAACUACUGUUUCAAUGGCCAAACUGUCACAUGUGCACACAUUUUUUUUUCUAGCUCCUGAGGAGGCUGCAAGAAAAAAUGUGCUCUCCGUGGCUAAUGGGCACCCGAAUGGCAGAACAAUGGCCAUCGGGCGCCAUUUAGUAGUGGCCACGAUAAAACCAAUUGAAUCCACCCCAGUAAGCACUCGUAAUUUUUUAAUUCCAGUAAAUGCCCUACUGCCUGCAAAGACGCGAUCACUUUUUCUUUUUUUUUAAUUAUUAUUUAUACAUGCUUUCCUGCAUUCUCUCACUCAAUACCUGUACUGUUCCAACUUUCAUCUUCUGCCGUAUCUAUAUGUGACUAGACUGAUGUUAUUUGACCUGGUAAAAGGACACGGUUGUGCUCUGUAUACAAUUUUUGCAAUACAGGCAGCACUAAAGUAGAUAAAGACAUUGAAGAAGAAAUCUAGGAAAACACAGCAAUUUAGUGUGCACAUGAAGCUAGUAAAUUGGGGUACUACCUCUAGUGUGGUCUAACGUUUUACUUGAUCAAAAGUUUUUUCCCUCUUGAAAAUUAAACCCAUGUCACAAAACAGCCAGAAUAUCAUUCAUUCACAGGAAACAUUCAGUAACUGUAUACCUGCUGUUCUCCAAUCUUCCUAACCUGCCUUUAGUUUCUGUUAAUAUGGGUUUCACUUUACUCUAGGAAUAAUAAGUAUAAUAAAACUGUUUGUUUUUUUGUUUUGUUUUUGUUCAUUUUGACUGGACAAAAUGUGUAUUAAUUCAUAACAGUCUAGGAUGAAACAUCCACGAAUUAACAAAAAAAAUACAGAGAAUAAAAUACAUUUGGAAGUUUAA